GUAAGGGCCCUGCCGAGGCGGCUUCCCUGGCCGGAAACCGCUGCUUUCUGCUCUCGGUGGAGCCUGAGCCCAUGCGAAGUCGGGUUCCGUGAGGGCGCCAGGGAGCGCUGGACAUUAGAAUUGUCGGGCUACGGCUCCGGGGGUCAGGUUUAGGAACGGACCGGAAGUGUGUGAGCGGGCUGGCGGCAGAAUGCUCCCCUGAGCGCCUGGGGCCGCCGCCACCCGCCGACCAUGUUCCUGUCGAGUCUGACUUCUCAGCUGCUCAGGGUCGUUCCCCGGGCAGGCCUCAGCCGGCCCUGGCCUGUCUCAGCGCUGCUGGGCAGCCAUGUCUGCAGGCCUCGCUACAGCACGCAGCCAACGGGCCCGAGUCCGGCUGUUGUUCCUCCGAGCAAGGGGGUCCAGCUGGAGCUUGAGGAGAUGCUGGUCCCCAGAAAGAUGUCCAUCAGCCCCCUGGAGAGCUGGCUGACCGCCCACUACCUCUUGCCCAGACCGGGCGCUGGGGCCCCAGGGACCGUGGCUCCCGCCCAGCUUUAUGAGUGUCCCCCUGGCCAGGUGGGGGAAGGGGCUGAGCAGGGGGACGAGGGCGUGCGGGAUGCCCCCGGCGUGCAGUGCAAAAACGUGCUGAAGAUUCGCCGGCGGAAGAUGAACCACCACAAGUACCGCAAGCUGGUCAAGCGGACCCGGUUCCUGCGCCGGAAGGUCCGGGAGGGACGCCUGAAGCGGAAGCAGCUCAAGUUCGAGAGGGACCUCAGGCGCAUCUGGCUGAAGGCGGGCCUGAAGGAGGCUCCCGCGGGCUGGCAGACCCCGAAGAUCUACCUCAAGGCAAAAUGAGGGCCGAGGGCCUGCAGCCCCUGCCCCUGCCGUUGUCUGUCCUAAUAAACGCUUGCAGAGCUG